AUGCGGUUCUUGACGUUGAAGAAAACCAAGCGAGAGUUCGUAGCCAAUGCCAUGAACGGUACACAACGGAGACUCGUAUCGUGGUCCUCUUGGGCUCCUCGAGGAGUCCUCGACAAGGACAUAGCCAAAGUCGUAGAGUCUGCAACUGCAUUCUCUGCCGAGACACCUACCACAGGAGACCUGCCUGAUGAUGAUUACUACCGUUCCUGCUUGAUCGCAGCAGAGUUGAGCACAUCCUCGCAAGAGCGAGAAUAUGUCUCUGACUACGCUCAACGCACGGAUGACCUCAUCCUACCUGAGAACUACGCCGGUUACCUCAAAAGCUACAGCAAGCCGGAGAAAGUCGAAGAGGUCGCUCCACCUCCCCCUGCUGCGAGAGGUAGUGCUGGCAGUGCGGCGAGCUCCAGAGGGAUCGGCGCGCCGAGUCCUCUAAGGGAGCGUGCCGGCCUUGAGAGGAAGAGGAAGCGGGAUCAGGCCAGACAGUAUAAGAGCAAGAUGCGUGUCAAGGUCAGACAGAUGCUCAAGAAACAGGCGCACAGACGUCUUGGGUUGUGGCGCUCCAGAGUUCUCGAUGGCGACCGUGUGGCAAUUUACGUCUCAUUGGAUGGUAUCGCUUACUCUCGUGGGAGGGACGCUUAUCUGGCCCAGGAGCGUGACCAGAAGGCUAUCACCAGAAUGUCAGUCGCCGAGUUCGGCCCCAAUUCGUCCAUUGUGAACCCUCGAGCCCUCCCCUACUGUCAACAGUAUCCUCCCUCGACCCCUCUGGACCUCCGCUUCUGGCAUCUACCCCCUAACAUUAUCGAGGCGUAUCGUCUCACCAGUGGCAUCACCGGUCUCUACAACUGGCAAGCUGAGUGUCUUAGUACGAACAUAGCUUCCCCACUGUGUUGUCAUUUCGAAUGCCUACCUAGCAUUGUGACCAACCAGACCCUUUUGGGCUGUACCCUCUUCGGCUUCGAAAACCGGCCGAGCAUUCCAAACCCUCAACGUUCCGUGGACCGGCCCUUCAAGUGCGGGGUUUAUUGCGCCCCUACCAGUGGAGGAAAGAGCCUAGUUGCUGAACUCAUCAUGCUCAGAAGGCUCCUCUUCCGAGGCCUUCGUGGAGUCUAUACACUACCAUACGUUUCCAUCUGUCAGGAGAAGCUCCAGCAGCUCAGACGAGUAUGGGGUGACUCUGGUCAAAGCUCAAGCCUGGCGGCACUGAGAAUAGAGGCAUUUCAUUCUAACGCAUCUGUUGACAAGGAGGGCUUCAUCGGAGGAUGGACCGCUGGGGUAGAUGUCGCACUCGGUACGCUUGAGAAGGUCAAUGGUAUGGUCAACCGCUUGGUCUCGCAAGCAGACAGCUCUACCUCUAACGUUGGUACGGUUAUUAUCGACGAACUACACAUGGUCGGUGAUGAGCAGAGAGGUCACAUCCUCGAGUUGAUCCUAUUGAAGCUCAUGCUGUUUGCGACAGGCCGUAUUACCAACUCAACUGAUGGAGAACUGUAUCAAUUGCAAGUGGUGUGUAUGUCGGCCACGCUACCAAGCCUGGAACCUCUCAAGGGCUGGCUUCUCGAGGCUGAUACCUUCACGACGGAGUUCAGGCCUGUCCCUCUGGAAUAUUUCGUCAAGGUCGGGUCGCGGCUGCAUAGUGGAGACCUCGACCGUGUGGUGAGGGAGAUACCGUCGUUACAACGAGACCCCGAUCGCAUUACGGCACUUGUGUGGGAAGUUGCCUCCAACGCUACUGGUGUUAUUGUUUUCUGCGCUACCAAAGCAUGGUGUGAGAAGACCGCUAUGCACAUAGCUGGUACUUGGCCCGGUGUCCCGUGGGAUCGAGACGACACAGUGCUCCGAGGCCGCCAGCAAGCCUUGGACAUCCUACGCACCUGUCCUGCUGGAUUGAACGCAACGCUCGGAAAGUCCAUCCCCACAGGAGUCGCGUACCACCAUUCGGGGCUCACUAUGGAGGAGCGACGUGUUAUCGAGACAGCCUUCCGUAAUGGCCACAUUCACACCCUAUGCGCCACCUCAACACUUGCUGCUGGGGUCAACCUUCCGGCACGCCGAGUGAUCAUCCGCUCACUACAGGUCGGCAUCAGUCCUCUAGACGCCUCUCGCCUCAGACAGAUGUGUGGUCGUGCUGGCCGUGCUGGCUUCACAGGCUCGAACAAAGGCGAGGCCAUACUCUGUGUGAAGGACGAUCGUGAGGCUCGCACUGCGAAGGAUCUCAUCAAUGCUCAGCUGACCGGUCUCUCCUCUCGCCUUACAGGUAUUGAGACUGCUGGUCACAGCAUCCCUAUGUUAACCAAGGAUGUACAUUUAGGCGACUUGCUCACACGAGCCCUUCUAGAGGUUAUUUGCCUGAAGCUUUUGAGUCAUGUCGAUGAGAUCCCAGCAAGGUUCUGUCCGAGACUUCUCCGAUAUCACCUCCAACCGGACGAAGAGACUCGCAACAGUCUUCAAGCAGAAGUAGCGGCCUGCUUAGAGGAACUUAAGAGCAAUCGCUUCGUCAAGGUGAACGAAGAGGACGGACUGAUCACUUCGACGGCCUUAGGGGAGGCCGUAGCUUUCUCGUCUUUGAAGAUUGAGGAGGCCUCUGUCGUCUUCCGUGAUCUCCGUCGCGCUAGUGUUAGGAUUCUGUUAUCGAGCGACCUGCAUCUGUUGUAUCUGGUAACACCUGUUCGUCAUGAUAUCCCAGUCCAUUUGGAGGCUUACCUCAAUCUCUACAAUAGCAUGACGCCUGAGCAAAGGGCCAUCGCUGACAGGUGUGGCAUCGACGAGGGCUUCCUCAACACCUGCGCUCGACGGAACGCUUUACUGUCGACUUCAACUCCCGUGCCUGCCUGCUACCGCAAGUCGCAGAAGGACGAGCAGGAAUGGCAACGGCAACUCGGGACCCAUCGUCGGUUUUAUGCGACACUGUUGCUUCAUCACCUCCUUAAAGGAAUGCCACUGCCCAUUCUGGCCUCCACUUAUAAAGUGAACUGUGGUCAAAUUCAGCAACUCCAAUCGACUUCAACAGCGUUCUGUGGUAUGGUGGUGGGCUUCUGUGAUCGCCUUCGGUGUUGGGCCUUGGCCGCCGCUCUCACCCCCCUUAGUGAGCAGCUUUCUACUGGUGCGCCUUCCUUCGUUGCAGAGAUGACCUCUAAGCUCAGCCACGUCGGAUUGCCGGUCUCCUGGGCGAUAGCCCUGCAUUCAGCUGGGUUGGAGACCGUCACGGCGAUUGCUGGCAGUGACACUGACACGGUGCAUCGGAUAUUGGCUCGUACUGUCGCCUGCCAGAGAGGUCGGCCAUCUCACGACUUCGACAACUACCUUCGUGAGACGGCAAAGAAUAUAAUUGUCGGAGCACAGGAAGUCGUCACUGCCCAAGUUGCUGAAAUCCUCGAGGAAGCCGACAAGUGCCAACCAUCCGACGACGAGGACUCGGACGGCAGUAGCUCCUCCUCUCCCUCCAGCUCUUCAUCAUCAUCAAUUGUCGGUCGUGAUGAGCCGCAGAUUGCUAUGGAGGACGUCGGAGGAGAAGUCGAUUCCCUUCUGGAUGGGCUUACUCCCGAGGAGAUCAACUCAUUAGCUGCUUGAGUUACCUAUCGAUU